CAAUUCACUUCGGUCUCCCCUAUUUGUGUCGAUCGACGCGCCAUCAUCCCUGAGAAUACAACUAUUAUAAGUUGAACCGGCAAAUGAAAAAGACCCACAGUAAUCAUCGCUCUCAAUUUAUUUCUAAAAAACAGCACUGCCACGGGUAUAAGAAUUCCAAGAAAAAUAUGGUAUAAAAAGCACAAGCGACUUAAUCGUACAACUAUUGUAAUUUGAACCAGCAAAUGAAAUGGACCCCCAGUAAUCAUCACUCUCAAUUUAUUUCUAAAAAACAGGUAACAGAAGAUCAUUAGGGAACAGUGAUUGAUGAAUCAUGAUGAAAAUAGUAUUCGCUUGUUUACUAAUUCCACUCGUUGCUGGCGCGAUAGAAACGCUCGGUGAAGAUGAGUUAAAAAUACUAGAAAAAGCGCUGCAUCAAUCUGCAGAAUUUAUGAUGAAAGAAGUUGAGGAUGAUGAACAUGUGGCUAUUUGCAUUGGUGCCACAAGAUCUGGAAAGAGUACAUUAAUCAAUUACUUAAAAGGUAAUUCAUUAGAAGCCGUAAGAGAACCUGGAUCCCAUCAGAUAACAUUGAGAGUGAUAACCGAAUCAUCAGGACCCGAAGUUAGCAGUGGACCAACUUCAAAGACUACGUCUCCCACAAAAUGGUUUUCAGAGAAUUUACCCGAUUUGGCUAUUUGGGAUGCACCCGGAUUUGACGAUAAUAGAGGCGCCAUACAGGAUAUUACCAAUUCGUUUUAUCUUUAUCAACUGGUUCAAAAUGUUAAAUCUUUAAAAAUAAUUUUAGUUGUGGACAUAAACGAUAUUCUUAAUGACAAUAUUAAACCAUUUCUAACAGUUUUAGAAGCUGUUGAAACUCUAUUGGGAAACAAAAUGAAAAACUAUUUCUCAAUCAUUACAGUGGUAUUUACAAAGGUUCGAAAUAUUGAUGAUGUUCCAAUUGAUAUGCAUUUUAUAAACGAAAAAUUAACCUAUCAAUUUCUGUCAAGCAAUGACAUGCAAAUGUCGUCAAAUUCAAAAGACUUUGUACGGUUUUUAAUAGCUAAUAACUAUCGUAUAGCUUUCUUCAAAAGGCCAUUAUCACUUGGUAGAUUAAAGGAAAACAUUGAUAUGAAUAUUUUUGCCUCAAUCAGAAAUUCUAAAAGUAUACCAAAAAACACUCUAAAGGAAUUACAUCCUCGUAUUUCAGAUUCUUCUAAGCUUAGCUUAUAUAAUCUUAGGGAUAAAUUGUCCUUAAUAUCAGAAUUUAGUAAAUUCGAGAAUAUUGUAACUGAGAUAUUCCUAAAUAAGGUAGAUGAUGUAAUGGCAUUGGCUACUAAUGAAGAAUCAGAAAAGAAAUUAACAAAUGUCAUUGAAAAAUUAGAUGCACUUCGUGACAAAUUAUCUGAUGCUAAAUUUCAUGAGAAAGACAUUAUUAAAAAAGUAAAAAUUCUUCGAUCAGCUAAUCCUGCUUUUGAAAAAGAAAUUACCAGUCGUAAAUUGUUGGAAAAAAUUAAACUCAUGGAAUUUGUAGAUAAAUUGUCAGAUGUGAAAGAGGGUGAAGUCUAUAAACUAGCCCAUAAACUUAAAGAAUUUUUAUCAAAUUCUAUUUCCAACCUAAACAAUGCGAUUUUCCCCAUUCGAAAGAAAUUAGAUAAAAUUAGACAAGAUUUGGAAGAGAGUUUCGUCGGCAAUUUGAUGGGUUUUCUUCCUGCUGCUAUUGCAGGUAUAGGUAUAUAUUUCGGAGUACCUUGGUUACCAAUGAUAUUUCCUUAACUUUUUUUUUUAAAAAAAAGUUAAGCUGAAGUUUAGUAUGUUUUUGGUAGAGAAAAAUAAAAGAACACUGGUUAGGCUAAAAUUUACUUUCGCCACUCUUUUCAGAGGAGUUGAGAAAAGUUCUACUUUCGUCACACUAAUCUAACAAGAAAAGUACUCCUUUCAGAGUAGGUGUUGGAGAAAAUUAGUUUACUAACAAAAUUCUUACAGGGUCUUCGUGGGGCACUCGCUAUAAUUCUCCACGAAAUAUUUUUGAUAAUAACCGCAAGCGUCAUGACACAGAAAAUACCGGGGCCUUACUAGUUUCUUUUGCAUUUUUCCUAAUCAGAUACAUAUACACCGAGAAUUUACUAAAAAUUUAUUAAAGAUUUAAGUGCUAACUGAGUUUAUGCAAUUAUGCAUAUGAUUAAUAUAAAUACUUUUGUAAAUAAUAAUUGGGGCCAAACUACGCUAAAAG